AUGAACUUGGACUGCAAUUCUCCAAACCCAACGAUCGACGCGAAUACUCUGUUAGCCAUUCGCGAGAUGUACGAGGGUGCCAAAAGCCGUGUGAGGUAUCGGGGGCUCUUCUCGGAGGAACUUCCGGUAGUGCAGGGGACCCGCCAAGGUGGCAAGAGUUCCCCGAUCUUGUAUUUAAUCUAUAUCAACGACUUGAUUAAUGAACUACAAAAAAGUAAUAACGGACUAUGUUUGUAUUACAUUAAUAUGAGUGCGCCUACAUUUGCCGAUGACAUGGUACUUGUUUCCUUCUCGAAGACCGGCAUGGACAAUAUGUUACAAAUUUGCUCUAAUUACUCAAAACGUUGGCGAUUUCUAUAUAACUCGAGUAAAUGUGCUGUUGUUGUGUUUAACAAAUCAGGUGUGCUAGUACAAUCUGUAAAACCGUCCUUUUCUCUAGGACACGACCUCGUCCCAACACAGAAGAAAUACACCCAUCUUGGUAUUAUUUGCAAUGAGACUCUCUCUGUGCAGGAAUGUGUUCAAGAAGCGUGUACAAAACUACGUGGAUCUUAUCUAAAUAUAUGCAGCAGUGGUAUAAACCCUGAUACUGUCAGUGCCAAAACCCUUAGGACAUAUUACCAGUCAGUGAUCCUACCACGGGCACUGUACGGGUGUGAACUAUGGACUAAUAUAUCAAAGAAUGAAAUUCAGAGACUAGAAGUUGCGCAUAGGUUUUGUGUAAAACAAAUGCAAGGAUUUCAAAGAAGUGUUGCUACUAAAUUCGUUUUAUCUACUUUGAACAUUACAUCUAUUGAAGUACUUAUCGAUUGUAAAAAACUUCAAUUUUUCGGUCAAAUGUGCAGACUUCCGUGUCAAUAUUUAGCGAAGAUCAUCUUCAACAGUAGACUAAUACGCUACAUCAACUUUGAUAGACAAACUGUAGGUUUUGUACCUGACAUUUAUCGCUUGUGCCAAAAAUACCUUUUAGUCGAUUAUAUAACGCAAUAUAUAAAUACUGGGCAAUUUCCAUCCAAAUAUGAAUGGAAAAAAACUAUUCAUAAAAGCGUGACAGACAAUAUUAUUGUUCAUCUCUUACUUUAUUGUCAUGCGAAAGAAGAGUACCGUAAUUCCCUUUGGGAUACAAUUUACGAACAAUGCAACCUUAGAGUUGAGUUUACUUUGCUUGGCUAUUACUAA